AUGCUGCUGCUCGCCCUCUCCUGUUUAGCUUCCCUGACCAGCAGUGUCCAGGCAGAUUUUUGCGGCCUCCGCCCGUCCUACGAGUCCUUCCAGACGACUGGCAAGAGGCUUGGGGCCGGGACCCGCGCCAGGCCCGGCGAGUUCCCGUGGCACGUCAGCAUCCGCAGCCAAGGGAAGCAYAUCUGCGGCGGCACCAUCAUCAGCGCGCUCUGGAUCCUGACGGCGGCCCACUGCUUCACCGAGGAGCUGCCAUCAGAUCUGACGGUGGCYGUGGGGGGAGUGGACCUCAGCCUCCCACUGGAGGAGCACAACCCUGACAGCUUGAUCCUGCACGAGGAGUUCAACAGCACCAGCCUGCAGAAUGACAUUGCCCUGAUCCUGCUCAGCCACCCCAUCGAGUUCAGCAAGGAGAAAAUCCCCGUCUGCUUGCCCUUUGUGUGYGACAUGGACACGUGGCAGCACUGCUGGGCUGCCGACUGGGCGAGCACGAGUGCAGAUGCAGCUGUGCCCCACAUGCUGCAGAAAACGCGGGUGAAGCUGAUCAGCAGGGAGCAGUGCCUGGAGCAGAUCCCACAGCUCGUGGAGAGUGUGAUGUGUGCUGARGCAGUGCAGGGAGAAGGAGAAGGAGGCUGCCAGGUGGACAGCGGGGGCCCUCUGGUCUGCAGCUACUGGAACACCAUGAAGUGGUUCCAGGUCGGCAUCGUCACUGGAGGAAGGCCAAAGCACAGGAUUUUAACAUCAGUUUACACCUACCAGGACUGGAUUGAGAAGGAAACAGCCAUAAGGGGGAAACCUUUCUUCACAGAGGGUGUGGACAAUGGAGCACAUCUCAGGAUUGCUCGUUCCAAGGAUGUCACAUAG